AUGGUGCUGCCGCCGCCCGACAAGCGCCACGUCUGCCUGACCACCAUCGUCAUCAUGACCAGCAUGGCCUUCAUGGACGCCUACCUGGUAGAGCAGAACCAGGGACCCCGCAAGAUCGGCGUCUGCAUCAUCGUGCUGGUGGGGGACAUCUGCUUCCUCAUCGUGCUGCGCUACGUGGCCGUGUGGGUGGGCGCCGAGGUGAAGACGGCCAAGCGGGGCUAUGCCAUGAUCCUGUGGUUCCUCUACAUCUUUGUGCUGGAGAUCAAGCUGUAUUUCAUCUUUCAGAAUUACAAAGCAGACAAGAAGAACCUGGAGACGGUGGCCAGGAAAGCUCUGACCCUGCUGCUCUCCAUCUGUGUGCCGGGGCUCUACCUGGUGCUGGUGGCCUUGGACAGCAUGGAGUACAUACGGACCUUUCGGAAGAAAGAGGACUUGCGGGGACGCCUCUUCUGGGUGGCCCUCGACCUGCUGGAUAUCUUGGACAUCCAGGCCAACCUGUGGGAGCCACACAGGACCGGCCUGCCCAUCUGGGCAGAGGGGCUCAUGUUCUUCUACUGCUACAUACUCCUCCUAAUCCUGCCUUGCGUGUCCCUCAGUGAGAUCAGUAUGCAAGGGGAGCACAUUGCCCCGCAAAAAAUGAUGCUCUAUCCCGUCCUCAGCCUGGUCACCAUCAACAUUGUCACCAUCUUCAUCCGGGCCAUCAACAUGAUCUUGUUCCAGGACAGCAGGGUCUCUACCAUCUUUAUCGGCAAGAACAUCAUCGCGAUCGCCACCAAGGCGUGCACCUUCCUGGAGUACAAGCGGCAGGUGAAGGAGUUCCCGCAGAACGCCAUCGCCUUGGAGCUCCAGCAGAAUUCCCUCUCGCACAACCAGACCAUCCACAGCGCACAGGGCAUCCCCCACGAGCCGUCGCCCACCAGCGAGAUCCUGGACACAUGAGGGGUCCCCAGCCCAGCGUUGGUUCAGAUGGCCCCGUGCUGAGCGGAAGAGGGAUGAUGCUGCUUUCCUGCUGCGUGGUGCAAGCACGACAGACAAAUCCCGGCAGUGAGGGCUCUUCUAGGCACAAAAACACCAACGGCGUUCUAAUUGAGCUAUGGAGUGUCCUCUAGACGUCUUCAUCUCAGGUACAACCCUAGGAGUCCUCCAGACAAACCAAAUGGACUUGCAAAGGACCUGAACCAGCUGACCCUCUCUCCCCCUCCUGCCACCAUCUCCCCUCCUGAGCAAAGACUGCUAAGGUUGCAAUGUCCCUUUUUAAUCCCUGAGCACCUCACCUUUACUCCAAGCCUGGAUCGAAGAUUUUGUUACUGGAGACCUUUAUACGGAGUGGGACAAGGGCAUAGGGCUGCGGACUGGGGGGAGGGUGGGGCGUUUGAAGCAGUAAACCCUGUGAUCGUAGAUGUCUCUUAUCUCCAAUGGUUGUGUUUACAGUUUCCUAUUUAUAUCGGCUCCGGGGGCUCUCAGGCUGCCCUGUGGGCCAGUGUCCUCGAGGUGGGCGAGAGCAGGGACCCUGCAGUGGGGAGUGGGGCUGGGCUGGCGUGGCUGCCCUGGCCCGGGCUGAGGAGGACUGAGCCUCCACCAGCGCCCUGCACCAACCCUGCCGGGAGCAAUAUCUAUGAGCUAGAGCUAAUCUAAUGCUGGUGUUUUAUGUAUUUCAUUCACUCCAAACGACUCAGCACAAUAUUUCUAUUUUUAGAAGCGUCCCUCUUUCUCUCUCUCCUGCCAUCGAGAGCCUC